AUGCCCACGAGCGCCAGCGACGACGACGCAUACUACACGGUGCCGCUGCGCGACCAGCGCGUCUUCGGCGCGGGCAUCCGCCGCAAGCGCGUGCUGUUUGUGCCCGAGGAGGCGGCGGCGCCGGCGCCGGCGAAGCGGCUGCGCAGUGGUGGUGACGUUGCGGACUUGUAUGCUGCUAUUCUUGAGGGGAGGGGAGGGGCGUCUGCGCCACCAGCGCCGACAGAGGAGCUUUGCGCGACGUGCAACUUGCCGCUCAGACCUGGGCACUCGGCGACGCUGGCGCACCAAGUCAGCCUAACGCACUCGCACCCGCCGUCGGCGAUUGCGCGCGACCGCAAGGGGUUGGCGUUCCUGCGCGCGCACGGCUACGACCCGGAUGCGCGGCGGGGGCUGGGCAAGGAGGGCGAAGGGAUUCUGCAUCCGAUUAAGGUGCGCGAGAAGAAAGACACGGUGGGUUUGGGGGCGAGGCUGCCUGUAAAGAAUGCGGCGCCGAAGAAGGUGCAGAAGUUGGGGGCGAAGGAGGUCAGGGAGAAGGAGGAGGAGGCGAGGAGAAGGCGGGAGGGCUUGCAGAGAAUGUUUUAUGAACGGGAGGAGGUGGUGAAGUAUUUGGGGGAGUUGGGGUAG